AUAGUGGCGGCGGAGAAUUGCUCCCUAGACAUACAAAUGGUCCAGAGUUACAUGACUGUCUUCCGGUGCAUGACAUUGCUUGCCUCAGUAACGCCUGAGUCACUGCAGCGCACCACACUCACCACACUCACCACACUCACCACAAGGCAAGGAUACAGCUCUCCUCACUGACUACACCCACCACGCACUCCACGCACACCACGCGCUACACAAAGAGAAAAAGAAAAAGAGAUCAGUAUAAUUAGCCGCGUCACUGUAGUGGUUGUGACAGGGCGCCAAGCAAGGCACGGUGGCGAGGGCGAGGCGGCGAGGCGGCGAGGCAGGCAGGCGGCAGGCGUGGGGCGGCAGGCCUGCUUGGGGAAUUUGAGAUAUAACAUCCUAACCUAACUCAGCUGACCUAAGCUAACAUAGCCUGGUGACCGGAUCAGGUGAUGAGCGUGCACCAGGCAGCGUGCACACCGAAUGUUUCCUGACGCGAGCACCGCCGCUCACCGGCCCAGACUGGUGUAAACCUGCGUUGGCUUCCCACACUGGCAGGUGAAUAGUCACCAAGGACGCGGCGGUGUGGUGCGGCCAGCGCGGCGAGGUGUGUUUGUCACCUGCUGCUCACCACCACCGCUGUGGUGAAAGGUGAACACGAGGAAGACAUGAGAUAAAUCACUAAACAAAACAGUGUGGACACUGUCACCAUCUUGUCAGUCACCCAGUCACCUCAAGACACACGCGCACUGAUUUACUGAGCACACACUCAUUAACCAUCUUCCUCGCCCCCCCACACUCACUCACUCAUUCACUCAUUCACUCACUCGUCACUACACACUAAAAAAAAAAAAAAAAAAAAAAAAACACCACCAAGUCUAGCCGUGGCACAGGCACAGGGUGUGCCUGGCACCGCCAGCCUGUCCUGCCAGCGAGCCUCGCCACCGCCGCCACUUGAGCUGACGCCGUUCCAGAAUAAAUUCAUACUGUGGAACUCAACUGAUGUAGUGAAGCGUCCACGCCGCCACGCCGCCACGCCGCCACGCCACCACGCCCCACCUAUGUAGCGCUGCACGUCAUGCAGGCAGGAACGGUGCGUGGCAAGGAUAGCUGGCACAGACAGGCCGCUACGCCGCCGCAUAGCCACGCCCCAGCCUGCCUGCCUGCCUGCCUGCCCUGUGCAUUUAUUGUAUGGUAUAAUUGUUGGCGCGCGUCGUCGCGGGGCGGCGGGAGGUGCCCGCGCAAGAAAACCAGCGUUGUGUAUGCACGCCCUGUGAGGCCUGAGCGACACUCCACCAGGCCUGAGUGUCACGCUGGCCUGAUGAGAUAAUCCAUGCCAUCGCCUUGCACGUGACAGGAUACGACGAGAAGGGCAGGAUGAUGAGAAGGACCUUGGCUCGAUACAUCAACCUCUCUCUCGUGUUAAUCCUUCGAUCUAUCUCUUCGCCUCUCAAGAAACGAUUCCCAACACUGGAUCAUCUGGUAGAGGCUGGCUUCAUGACAUCCACGGAACUUGGAAUAUACAAAAUGGUUCCGAAUAAGGAGUUCAACACGUACUGGGUUCCUUGUACUUGGUUCACGGCGCUGCUGAGAGACAUCAAGGCCCAGAAGAGAAUCCCGGACCCUUUAGGCGUGAAGCAUAUCAUGGAGGAGUUCAAUGAAUUCAGACAAAAAUGCGGCUUACUUUGGAGUUAUGACUGGGUAUCUAUUCCUCUAGUGUACACUCAGGUGGUGACGAUUGCUACCUACGCCUUCUUCAUCGCUGCCAUCGUGGGACGCCAGUUCUUCGAGGAGUCAAAAGUGAGUCACAAGAAGAAGGUCGAUCUAUUUAUACCAUUCUUCACGAUUCUCCAGUUCUUCUUCUACAUGGGACUGCUCAAGGUCGCCGAACAGCUGAUUAACCCUUUUGGUGAUGAUGAUGAAGACUUUGAAUUAAAUUGGAUUAUUGACCGACAUAUGAAGGUAUCCUAUCUAAUCGUGGACACCCUACUGCUGAGAACGCCGCCGCUGGUGAAGGAUAUUUUCUAUGAUGAUGAAAGCCCUGUCUUGCCAUACACUGAAGCCUCGGCUGAGUUUAAGAAGAGAACUUAUCGAGGCUCUGUUGCUAAUAUGAUAGUACCGGAGGAGAAACAAAACCUUAUACUACCUGAUAUACUGGAGGAAGGAGAGGAGGAUAUUGGCCCCUACACCCCCCUUGCGUCACUCCAGCCGUCUGUCAGGUCCUCUGCUGCUAACUUAGGAGGCUGGUGGAAGCGACUGGCGAACAAGUCCUUCUCUCUGUCCCUUGAGCUACCCAGCGGCGCCGAAGGAGGGGGCGGUGAUGUUAGCGGCCUCCGAGGUGGUGCUUCACUGAGUGCACCAGCGGAUUGGCGGCGGAAUCACCCAUUAACCUUGACCGUUCCUUCAGGUGCUCAGGAGGAGGGAAGAGCAGGGGUAGGAGGAGGAGAAGGAGGUAGAGGAUUGUCUAUUGAGGAAGGCGGUGCUGAAGGAGCGACCCGUGAGCCUGGUGAGUCGCCAGUGACAGUCGCACAAGCCGCCUAUAUCCUCGACUGCAUGCAAGGUACAGUGAAGGACCAGAGGAGCCUGAGCGUGCCUGACGAGGGGCUGCCUGGCAUAUGUGGGGCGCCAGCCAAGGGGUCCAGCUCACCCUAUUGCACCAGGAGGGAUAGUGCCAAGUCGUCAGCGCCCCUCUCCCGCUCGUCCUCCCGGCGUUUUGUGCCUUCAGGUAUUAAGGGCAGCAGCAGCAUCGGCGGGGUUCUGGUGGCUGCUGGCGUGCAUCAAGGCUUCCUGGCGGCGGACCCAGAGCGUGUGAGUCUGGCCAGCGCACAGAUCCAGGCCGCUACUGGGGGAGGCAGUUCCGCCGCCACGCCCUCCUCCACCACGCCCACCUCAGACGACCCCGAGGACCGAUUCUCCUCAAGCUGGGGCCGCGCCGGCUCAGUCAUCAUUGACGUGGGCUCUGACGGGGAUGCUGCCCCCCGCUCCGCCUCCUCCAGGCUGGCGGCGUCCCUCAAGGCGCGCCUGGCCGUGCGCCGCCGCCCCGUGGUGAAGUGGCGACCCUACCCGCGCCCGCCCGCCCCCGCCCCUCCCGCCGUGGCGCUGCCCGAGGUGCUGCUGGAGGAGGUGCGGGCGGGGCUGUCAGAGGGCGAGGAGCUGCCGCCCGGCAUGUUUGAGGACGAGUGCGCCUUCAUGUGGCGGACCAUCGAGGAGGACGGGGAGCCGCCCCCGACCCCGACCCUGCCUUGGGAGACACCCCCUGAGGCCCCGCCCCCCAGCCCGCCCCGCCCCGCCAGGCCGCCCCGCACACCCAGGACCGGCCUGCCUCGCCACGGUGACCACCUGGAGGUGCCGCGGCCCCGCGUGUUGGUACGCAGGCCCUCGGCCUCAAAUCGGGGACGGCGGCCCCAUCAACGGCGUAUGAGGUGCCUCACCUGCUCUCUGCCCAUGCUUGCCCCCCGCGCACGCCCACGCCCCGUCCCGCCCCGCCUCACCAGGACGCUGAGCUGCCCCGCCAUCAUCACCAGGCCCCCUGCAACACCUCGCCAGCGCGCCACGCCCACGCGCGCUGACUCCCUGGCCGCCGCGCCCAUGUGGCCGCGCCAGGACUCCCGCUGAUGCCCCCCGCCCCGCCCAGCCCCGGCAGCGGCACACGUGACAGCGCCCUCGUGACUCGAGGCCCGCACGGGGACAUCGCGCCCCGCCCCGCUCCGCUCCGCCCCGCCCCGCCCCGCCCCGCCACGCAGCACACGCCGCGCCCCCCCGGCGUGACAGGGGCCAGGGUGGGGGCUGAGCUCCCCCUCAGCCAGCACUGGCACCACAUCGUGUUCUUCCUCUGCAACAACAACAAUAACAGCAACAACAAUAACAGCAACAACAACAGCUACAAUAACAACGACAGCAAAAACAACGACGAAAUCAACAGCAACAACAACAACAACAACAACAGAAAUAGCAACAACAGCAAUAACAGCAACAGUACCAUUAAUUCCUUGUACAGGACCCUCCCCUCCCCCAUUGAGCCACCUGCCCCAUCCCUUGCCCCCGCCCCCCCGCCCCUCCCUCCCCCUGUUCUUGAUAACUCUAAUACAACAUUCCAACUUUUUUGCUCGUGGGAAGUUACCAGACUUUUGUUGUCAUUGUUACGUGAUAAAUAAAAGUGUAUGUCA